AUGUCAAGUCUAUACUCGCUUCAAGUUUUCGAUGCUGCUGAAAAUUGCCUCUCAGGCACUAUCCCUGACAUGUUCACAACCUUCACUGCAAUGAAAGUUACAGAGAAGAUGGCUGAUUAUAAUUACGAUCGCAACCACAGCUUCUAUUAUAUGGUGAGAAUUGAUAUAGUGGCAAAAGGGUUAAUGAUGGAUUACACCGAAUUUCUCUCUCUUGUGACAUGCAUAGAUCUUUCGAGAAAUAAUUUCUCGGGAAGAAUUCCAGAAUCAUUGACAAAAUUGAUAGGCUUGCGCGUGUUAAACCUAUCUAGAAACCACAUGAUUGGGAAGAUUCCUCAAGAGAUUAAUCAAUUGCUAGAGCUAGAAUCGAUGGACCUCUCGAACAAUCUAUUCUCUGGUGGCAUUCCUCCGAGCAUGUCAUCUAUGAAUUCCUUGGGCGCAUUGAACUUGUCCUACAACAAUUUGUCAGGUCCAAUUCCUUUUGCUGGCCACAUGAGCACAUUCGAUGAUGCUUCAACAUACUAUGGAAACGAACAUCUUUGUGGUCCUCCUCUUCUUAAGAAGUGUGAUAGUCAUGAGUUAGUUCCAAUAUCUAAUAAUGUUGGGGAUUUGAGAACCUGGUCACCAGAGGUCCGACAAUUUUGGAUUAGUGCGGGCUUGGGCUUUGGGAUUGGAUUUGGAGGAUGGUACUCAGUUCUGGCCAUUAAAAGGAAAUGGAACAAUGCAAUUCUCAAAGUCAUGGACUUCAUCGCUGAGAUUUUGAUCACGCGAUUGCAACAUUUAUUUCCCAGAAGAAAUAGGUGA